AUAUACCGUAGAGUAGUACAUUUACAUGGAAUAGAAAUAAAUAAAAAAAAUCACUAAACAACGGCUGUUUUCUUUAAAACAUUCAUCCUACAUCCUACUUUACUUUAAUUUACUUUAUUGCAUCCCUCAUCUUCUUUUUCUUCAUCUCCAAUUCUCCAUAUGUUCCCAAUGCUGCUGAUGAUCUCAUUUAGUACCAACAGAGGUGGAAAAUUUGCAGUCGAUGCCUGCACACGGUUCUUCGCCUACGUUCUUCUGAUUCAGUCAAUUUCCUGCAUCUGACCUGCUUUUGGACCACGACGGCGGCUGCUGCUUCCUCAAAAAGUGCCUAACAAUUAUCCAACGACCACAGGCCCCGUUCAAUUUAGUAGAGCCCUGUUUGAACACUUAUUGCCCACACGCCGAACAAAUAGGUCACCUAAUCCCUUAAAAAUUCAGCGCCCAUACAACCGUAGGCGACACCUUCUUGGCGUGAGCACGACAACAAAUUGCUAGCGCUGCAGACUGUUUCAUCUCUUCCCGGCAACUCACCAGCUGAGACCGGCACAAGAUGGCGGCUCUGACCUGGUACUAGAGGAGGCGAGGCUAGCUUAGAGCAAGCAAAGCCACAGUCCAUCCAUGGUCGCCUUAUAUGAAGCUGAUCACAUUUCUCGAUGCCAUUCCAUUCUUGCAUCCAUAAUCAUCCCAGCCACCACAUCUUGCAUUGCAUGCUCCUAGCUUGCCAUCACUAGAUCAAUGUCGUCAUCGACUUCACAAAUGGCAUCGCUCGCCGUGCUCGUCUUCCUGGUGGUCUGCGCGACGCUUGCCUCCGGCGCCGCCAGCGUCCGCGUUGGGCUCACGCGCAUCCACUCCGACCCCGACAUUACCGCGCCCGAGUUCGUGCGCGACGCACUGCGCCGCGACAUGCACCGGCAGCAGUCCCGGUCGUUGUUCGGCCGCGAGCUCGCCGAGUCCGACGGCACCACGGUGUCCGCGCGCACCCGCAAGGACCUGCCCAACGGCGGGGAGUACCUGAUGACGCUGUCCAUCGGCACGCCGCCGCUGUCGUACCCGGCCAUCGCCGACACGGGCAGCGACCUCAUCUGGACGCAGUGCGCGCCCUGCAGCGGCGACCAGUGCUUCGCGCAGCCGGCGCCGCUCUACAACCCGGCGAGCUCCACCACGUUCGGCGUGCUCCCCUGCAACAGCUCCCUGAGCAUGUGCGCGGGGGUGCUGGCGGGGAAGGCGCCGCCGCCCGGGUGCGCCUGCAUGUACAACCAGACGUACGGCACCGGGUGGACGGCGGGCGUGCAGGGCUCCGAGACCUUCACCUUCGGCUCGGCGGCCGCCGACCAGGCCCGCGUCCCCGGCAUCGCCUUCGGCUGCAGCAACGCCAGCAGCAGCGACUGGAACGGCUCGGCGGGGCUCGUCGGCCUGGGCAGGGGCAGCCUGUCGCUCGUCUCGCAGCUCGGCGCCGGCAGGUUCUCCUACUGCCUCACGCCGUUCCAGGACACUAACAGCACCAGCACGCUCCUCCUCGGCCCGUCGGCGGCGCUCAACGGCACCGGCGUCCGCUCCACGCCGUUCGUCGCUAGCCCGGCCAAGGCGCCCAUGAGCACCUACUACUACCUCAACCUCACCGGCAUAUCCCUCGGCGCGAAGGCGCUGUCCAUCUCUCCAGACGCCUUCUCCCUGAAAGCCGACGGCACAGGCGGCCUCAUCAUCGACUCCGGCACGACCAUCACCUCGCUGGUCAACGCCGCGUACCAGCAGGUCCGCGCCGCGGUGCAGUCCCUGGUGACGCUGCCCGCCAUCGACGGGUCGGACUCCACGGGGCUCGACCUGUGCUACGCGCUGCCGACUCCGACGUCGGCGCCACCGGCCAUGCCGAGCAUGACCCUCCACUUUGACGGCGCGGACAUGGUGCUCCCCGCGGACAGCUACAUGAUCUCGGGCUCCGGCGUCUGGUGCCUGGCCAUGCGGAACCAGACGGACGGCGCCAUGAGCACGUUCGGAAACUACCAGCAGCAGAACAUGCACAUCCUCUACGACGUCCGGAACGAGAUGCUGUCGUUUGCUCCGGCCAAGUGCAGCACUCUUUGACGAGACGAUACUUGUACAUAUAUACAGUUACUAAUAUAAGUAUGUGCAGCACAGGAUUCAUGGUUUUUUUAUACAGUGGAUUGUUAACCAAACACUCUAAUUCCAUUUUUGGAAACUGCAAUUUGUUCGGAAUGCUUUACCGAAUAGUCCAAAUGUGCCUUGAAAAAUACAUGAACGAGACAAUCGAUAUAUGGGUUUUGACAAGCAAAGAUGGAAUCGAUGACUGAAGUAGCCUACAUUGAUCUGGCAUUCAACUAUUGAAAAAUGAGAUUUGUUCAGAACUGUCAACCGAGCAUUCCAGAUGUAGCUUAACACUUACAUGAGUGAGACAUUCGAUACAUGCAAUGGGGGUUCAACAAGCAAACAUGAAAUCGAUGACUACUGAAGAAUACAUAGGUCCGACAAGGACAGAUGACCAAACGAUAUAAUAUAAUUCUUAACCUCCCUAAUCUGCAACCUAGUUGCUGUCAUAGGUCCCGUGCUAAGAGACGCUAUGCCACUCAAUUCAACCUUCCACUCUGACCCCGUCUUCUCUUCCUUUUGAAAGACACCCUCUGGGCUGGUUCGACAUUUUGGUUUGUCAUGACGUCCUGACUGGCUCUCUCCUCCUGCAAUAACGCGAAAAUCAGCUCCGAGUAUUUGCCAUAGUUUGCCAUCCUAUGCACCAGGUGGCGGAUACGCUGACUUGGCGGGAAGGUCGACAAAGUCUUCUCGAUCAUUUCUUCAUCUGUGAUUUCUUUGUCACACAGCUUCAGUUGAGAGACUAUGCGUCGUAGAGCCGAAUCAUAUGCAGUCACAGAGUCAAAAUUGCUGAAAUGCAGGCGGUCCCAGUCCAACUUCGCUCCUGGUAGCUCUACCGCCUUCAUCCUAUCAAAGUGAUCCUUCAAAGAUUGCCAUACAACAAGUGGAUCCCGUUCGAGCAUAUACUCGUUUUUGAAAUCUUCGUUCAGAUGGCGGCGGAUAUAAAACAGAGCCAGUGCCUUCUCCUGUUUACUGCAGUUGGAGCCUGAGACAAUUGUGUCUCUGAGAUUAUUCUGCGCUAAAUAAUUCUCAACAUUUCUGGCCCAUGUGAUGUGACAUAGUCUCUUCGGGCACCAAAUGGUAUGAGCCUGGGAAAGUCUGGUUGCACCAUGCUAGACAUGUGCCUACGAUACAUAAGAGAGAUUUAGGCUGUGUUGUUAUAUGAGGUGGUGCAUAAUGACAUCAUCCUAUGAAUUUAUAGUGGAAUAACUCACUCCUCAUGCAUAACCUAAUUAUUAGAUUUUGAAAAAAAACAAGUGGCAGGUAUAAAAAAAAUGUUGGAGGGACUGAACAUAUAUAACAGGGCACCAAACCAAUCUAAAUUCAUUACUUUGAAAUACAGCUGAUUAGUCUCCAG